AUGCCUCACCAUCAUACCGACCUGAUGAUGGGGCACGUUCGUCGGGACGUGAUACCCUCUCACCGACUGCCACUGUUGGUCCCGACCACGACUGACCUGGGAGUCGGCUUCCCCUCUCUGGUGGCCCGAUCCGAUUCAACCUCGACAUCAACCUCGACAUCAAAUGAAAAAGCUACCAGCAAUUUGGAUACGACCGUUUUGCCCGUGGUGCUAGGUGCUGGUGUUCCUAUAAUUUGUGCUAUCAUUGCCUUUAUCAUCCUUCAUAAGAGACAUGUGAAAAAAUUGAUGCAUGAGGAUGCGAAUGAUAAGCAUAAAUCGCUGGAUUUCGGCCUGGAUGAUGUGAAUCCUCAUCGACAGAAAAAAGUGCCCAAUGGAAUGCCCCAAAUGAUGGAGCCUAGCCACACCAAGGGGCUUUCUCUUGACGUUUAUCCUUAUCUGAUGCCCCCGGGUCUCCACAGCCCUCGAGAAUCUAUACAUUCCAUCUCUCGAUCGAUCGACGAUGACAAGUACCGCCCCGCCACGUUUAUCACAAAUGACAAUGCUUCCGUCAUGUCAUUCCCCAGAAAUCGAGAUGAUGCGUCUAGUAUGGCUGGGUCAACUCGAUUUGGUUCAGAGGAGCCCAACGCGGGCCUUCUCCGGAACGCUCAGCGGAUGUCUCGCUCGUCACCACCUCUGCACCGUCGCCCUUCGCAUGAGCCGACGUCGCCCACUCCUGCCCAUCUGCACCAGGACUAUCCUGGACCGGCUUCGGGUAUGGCGCCUUACCCCGUGGAGCAUAAUGAGCCGGCACACGGAGUAGCACUUGGCAGCCCGGCUGGUGACUCCAAUCUCCAUGAGCGAGCGAUUUCGCCUCCGGCACCAGAACCUCAGUUCAAUUUACCGGAGUCCCAAUUCAAUUUCAACUCGGCAUCAGAGCUCCAUUUUGAUACACCUGUUCACGCGCAAGGCAACAAUUCGAACACUUACUAUGAGGACCGUCCCAACUUCCCGCUGCCAGACUCGAUGCAAGCUCACCAGCCCGAACCUACUCCGGCGCCCACCAUGCAGCUUCCUCGGAUCUCCUUGCCAGUCAGCGAUAUCACCACUAGUGAUUAUGGCGAUGACCACCGCAAGUCGGAACUGAUGAUCCCCGAGGUGAACAUCCACAGUGCGGAGGAGGCAGAACAUGAACAGGAAACGAACAAAAUGCCAGAGCUUCCCGAGGAACCCCAAACCCUGGAUCCUGUCUAUGACACUCAUCGUGAUACCCGCCGGUUGACUCUCGGUGUACGACCAUUGCCCCCAGAGGACCCAGCCGACAAUCCAGAGCAGCGUGCCAAUCGGAUUCGCUCAUUCUAUAAGGAGUACUUCGACGAUAGUAAACGGGAGACCACUUACUAUGAGGACUACGGUCCUGAAUUCUACGAAGGUGGUGGCUAUGUCUAUGACCCAACCAACGGGGAUUACUUCGAUGCAGCCCCUCCUGCUCCUUUUGCUGAGCCAAUAGGCCGCCGAGCCAUGACUCCCCCCCCUCGAGCUCCGCCCCGGUUCCAAGGAGCUGCUCGUCAUAUGGCGACUAACUCCGCCGGGAACAAUGGCUUUGGUGGUCCCGGACCUCGUGCCUUCUCCUCUGCUUCUGGACGAGUUCCAGGUCCUAAGGCUCCCCGUCCGCGGAUGCCUCCUCCCGCACCGCUUCAAGUUUUGCCCACACCGCACAUGUUGAAUGACGAUUCUAUUUUGACUGCCGCGGCUUUUGCCCCGGGCAAGAGCUUCCGAGAUCAACAAGCCGGUCGUCCCGAGACACCUACCGGCGGCAUGCAACCUUACAGCCCUGCGCUCCGCGCUCACACUCCCCCUGAUGUCGUCAUUUGA